AUGGCGGAGCCUGAAGCAACAAAGCAAACCUUCAAAGGGUCAUGCCACUGCGGAAAAAUCCGAUAUGCAGCAGCCCUCGCACUCAGCAAACCCCCAGUCGCUCAACGAUGUAAUUGCACCAUGUGUCUCAAACAAGGCUACACGACUAUCCGAAUCACAGCAGACGAUUUCACAUUGAUCUCGCCCGAGAAUAAGGCUCAAGUACAGAAUUACAAGAUGAAGUCCAACAGCAACAACAACAUCAACAAAUACUUUUGCGGUACAUGUGGAAUUCACUGUUGGUCCGAGGGCGAAUUCGAGUUCCAGGGUGUCAAAUAUCCCUUGUUCACCAUCAACAUCCUGACCUUGGAUCAGCCUCAGGAAGGUCUAGAGCUGAGUGAUUUUAAAAUCAUGUAUAGCGAUGGCAGGAAUGAUAAUUGGGCGGCCGGGUCUCGGGACACUCCAUGGCCUGGUGGAUGUAUCUGA